CUUUGUAUCGACUACGAAAUAUAUAUAUAUACACAUGUAUAAGUAGAUUUACGCUUUUAAUUUCUAUUUCUACGCGUAGAACAAAGAUGCUGAAAUCGACCUUAAAAUCAAUCUUUUUGUUUUGUAUAAUAGUAGUUGAAUCUACAUCAGGAGAGCCGAAAAAAUCAAAUAUAAAAAUGUUAAAUCUGCAGAAAUGUGAUGCAGACGGUCCAGCUCCGAUAGAAUGGUCCAUUAAAGCCGAUAAUGCAGACGACGAAGGACAUAAAAUUGUUGAUUUAGAGAUUGACCUGACUGGUGGCCAAUUUAAUGAUGAACUGGAAUACAGUUUAGAUAUAGACAAGUUGAGUGGUGGUGAUUGGGAGAAAGAUGUUUUUAACGAUGAAGGAAAUCUGUGUGAUUUAAUUAAAGCUUAUGUCCCAAAAGCUUGGGAAAAAAUGAUAGGAUUACUUGAACCGACACCUAUAAGCCUUUGUAAUGCCCAAAGGGCUAUUUUUAAACUAAAACAUUUUGAAGUCAUGAAGCAGGACCUGCAAAUACCCCCUUUAUAUGGAAAACUAAAGGCGACGUUAAAAUUAUACAACAAAAAUAAUGAGAACCUCUUUUGUGGUCUUUUUGAAUUGGAAAUUACCGAGGAAUAAUCUUACGUUUUGUAUUUGAGCAAGCAUAUUAAAAUAAUGAAUUAUUAAAA